CGCAUUGUUUGCUUUGUCUUCUAGAAGCAACUUAAGUUGGAAGCCAUGCUUAACAUCUGAGAUUGACACGAUCACAAGGUGGAAGAUUCUACUUCCUUAGUGCAAGCGUAAGAAAUCCAGGACUCGCCAGGAAAAGAUGGAAGUUCCAUCUAUGAUAUCUCUCAUAAGCAAGAUCAUGGGCGUAAAGAAGGACGUUUUGAUCAUCUGUGCGGUGGUGGUGGCGAUGGUAGCAGCAGGAGUGCAGGGCGUGAAGCUACUCUCGGGGCUGUGCAGCGACGAGUCCAUCCCAGAGGGGAGCACUUACUGGAACAGCCUCAAUGCGACGCUGGCGGAUCUCGUCCAGAACACUCCCACCGCCGCCAACAUGACUUACAGCACCAACAAGGGAGUGGAGGGCGACGUCCCCGCCUAUGGCCAGGCGCAGUGCCUCCGCAACGCCACCACCAACGUCCUCCCAAGCCAGGACUCGUGCAGAGGCUGCAUCGAAGACAUCAUCGCCAAGGCAUGGCUGGACUGUGUCGACGCCAUCGCUGUGGAUGUCAAGCUCAACGACGAUUGCACGCUGCGCUACCAGGACUCUCCAUUGCUCCCGGAUGUGAUCCAGGGAGAAAGAGAUCUUCCAUAAAAGUCUGCAGCCAUAUUAUAGACCUUAGCAAGUUCGUUGA